AUGAGGCUGCUGCAAACUGUUGUCCCAGCGGUGGUGGCGCUGCUCAUUAACACUGAAACCGAGUGGACAGUGACGCCUGCGGUUGCCUUCAGCCACCUUCCCUAUGAAUCAAACGAUCUUAUUGAAGGCAAGCAUUUCAGGAAUGAAGAUUUGUAUGGAGACGCCGUAGCGGGACUCGACAGAGAUGCCCCCGAGCGUGCUCUGGCUGGGCUGGCCCUUGCAGGUGGGGCCAACGCCUCUAAAAGUUUCCUAGAAGAUCAGGAGGGCAAGAAAAAGAAGAAGGAAAAAAAGGACAAGAAAAAUAAGAAGGACAAGAAGAAGAAGAAGAAGGGGAAAAAGCAAAAGAAGCAAAAGAAAAGGAAGGGGAAAAAGGGAAAGGGUCAGGAGACACCAGCAGAUAUUGAUGAACUCGAACUUCUUCGAAAUGUUUACAAGAGGGAGAAAAAGAUAUAUCUUAAAAGUCACGGGAAAAGUGAUUUCUUCAGGCUCAAAUACGAGACCCUGAACAGUGCACUCCAAAAUGCGACUCGAGCCACGUGA